AUGCUUACAGUACAUACACAGCAAUACACUUACGGCAGUUCGCAGACCGUGGGACCCUUGCGGGCGAUCGUUCAGUGCAGCCACGUGAAAGCAGACCGCAUCGCAUCGAGAUCGUUGCCGACCGAGGAUGGCCUCUGCUUCUUCCCUGGUCAUCCUCUCGUCCUCAUCCUCAUUCUCUGUGCUGCACUCCUCCUGUCGGCCGAAUCAAACGUUGUUGGCUCCGUGACCCAGAAUUGCACUGAGUUGAGUAAACCUCUCAAAUUGUUUUCGUAUUCGGAUGAUGUAAUGGCCAAUGCAUACGAAGACAGGUGA